UCCUGAUCUCUUCUCGACCAACUCGGUGGGAAAGAGGCCCACCGGAAAAGCUCUCGAGCGCCAAAUAACGUGAUUAAUUACAGCCAAUAUGUGAGGGGUGAGUCCCGCGCGAGGAAGUUUCGUCAUUGUUAACGGUAAUCUUUAUUAUGCUUUAACCGUAACUACCUUUCCCUCUUUAACCACCUUUUUUUUCUCCUUUUUACAGCGACGCCACGUAUCGAUACCGCUAUCUUCGUGGCACCUCGAUUUGCCCCUUUUUCAUUCUCCGGCCGGCUGGUUCUUUCAUUUUACGUAACUCCUGUCUUCCUUUUCCGCGUAUGUCUCUUCGUUCUCUUGUUCCCGCUGUUACUCCAUAUUUAGAUUCACGGUCGCGGAUUCGCAUCGCGACCCGCUACUCUGGACGAUACACCGUGCCUUUACUCUAUGCCCUGUCAAUGCAGAUUCCGGCGCCGAAAGAUAUAAUAGUAAGGGACGAGAGUAAAAGUUUGCAAUAUUUUUUUUCUCCGCUUUGAUUUUGCGUUUCGCCGGCACAUCGUAUCUCUUUAAGUCUCGUCCCAAAUAAUUGCAAGAGAUUACUCGCGCUAUUCCCCCCCCCCCCCCCGCCAGACCUUGAGAAAAAUUGGACGAGACGUAUUCUUGAAUGAUGAAACGCGGCCCCACCACGCGAAACCAGGAUCGAGAAGCCGGCGAAGAGGGUACCCACUUGGCGUAACUCAAGGAGGAGUGACGGUAAUCGGUCUCGUGCCAGAGAAGCGAGGGCUGAUGAGGAUACGUGCGUGCGGGAGCGGUCAGUUUGAAAGUCGACGAGCACGAGUCACUCCCGGCUGACUCGGCGAGCGAGAGCACGAGACCGAAACCGGCGCGCGGCCACGACUGUCUGGUGCCGCAAGCGAACGAAACGCGGUGGAAGCGGCCGACUGAUCAUCGAGGAACUGCCUCUAAAGACCCAGGCUACGGCAAUUGACCUAGGAUUGUCACGGGACCAUCGAUCCACGCUUUAAGCCCGACGUCGAGCGCGAGGGGUCCCCAGUGUCAGAGACUUCCGUCGAGAUUGUCGAGAGCUGCGGCACAGAUCCGUCGGACGAGAAGUGUUUUCGCGGGAAGAAGACUCACUCCAAAAUUCGAAAAUCAAAUCCAGGCUUGAGAGAAGUGCUAGGAGUCGUAAUAUAAGAUCUGCAGAAAAAUCUGCCGCACGUCGUAAGCUCGACGUGGACGAAGGGGAGUGUCGUGGUGACCAAAAGGACGCCUGUUCCUCAUGUCCGCCGUCAGCGUGUCUCUGAAUAGACGGUGGUUCACGAGUACUAUCGUGAUGAAGUAUCAUUUCUCCAAGGAUUAACGGGUCUACGACAACCUACGAUGGUAGAUGAAGAGUCGCGAUCAUAUCUACUCGGUCGAUUCCACUCGUCCGGUCUCCGGACGAUCUCUAACGCGAGUAUAUAGGAACGAGUACUCGUUAACGGCGCGGACGCACGGACAAUUGAAAUCUCCGCGCGCGCACUGUUGUUCCAUUUUUCACGGCCAGCAAUGCGCGCCGGUGCGUCCUCCAUAAAGGUCUGCUCCGUGAUGCGCGCGUGAACGUGGGGCGUGGGACUUUCCUUCUUUUCUUCUGUUCAUCGCACACGUCACAACCGGUCUCAACCCUCGGGAAUGGCGGAGAAGGAAAAGGAUCGUUUUGCACCGCCCCGCACGUGACGUCGUCGUCCUUUUUUUUCUUUUCUCUCUCUCUCUCUCUCUCUCUCUCUCUGUCUCUCAAACGCAUGGAGAACAUAAUGAAGAAAUCGUCCUGACUCUUUUCCACCCGCAAGAGAAACGCACUCCACGCCAGCGGAGCGAUCGCCGACCGCGCCGCGCCGCGCCGCGCUACGCGGCUCUCUGUUAAUCAGCUCUGUUAAUCAGUGUGUGUCAAGAUUACCCUAGAUAUCGUCCCGCCGGCGGAUUCGUCGGCGAAGUAUCGCGCCUGCGGCUGCUGAACAAGAGCAAUUCGGACAGCGCAGGAUGUCGCAAAGAAGAUGGCUUCUGCUGCUGCUCGGUUUAGCCGUGUUGAAAAAUACGUCCACGUCCGGCGAUGCUGAUAGUACCGUUCGCGAGGAUGAACCCUCACAUCACAGGCAAAAAAGGGUCUUCUGGUUCACAAAUGACGGACGAAUCGCGCUGCCUCCUGGCACCAUCAUGACGAUCACGCCGACAUUGGCGUUGCCCUUUGUCCGACAUCCACCUUACGGUUUCCUCAGCAACAUGACUAUUAGUCUACCCUUCACGAUUGACUUUGACAAACUGGGUCUUACCGACAAUGAGAAUCCAUAUGGCGCACUGCCACCGAGCUUCGACAGGAAGCUGAAGAGUCGACAGGCAGGUAUGAUGAUGGCUGACUUCAUUGCGGCGUUCAUCAAACGUAGAUUACACAAGCGAGACAUGAUGGAGGUGCCGAGAAAUGCGUUUCAUGGUGGCGAACGGGCCCUACUUUACGGCACUGCCGAGGAUAUGCUGUCUACCCUGGGGAUGAACGGAAAAGCAUGUUUAUUAAGGGCAAUUUGCGAAGUCCAGGGACAUCAUCUCAACAACUUCGGACUGAUUGGGGAAAUGCUGAAGCUCUUCUUCACCGCCAGCCGAUCACCAUUCGCUAAUCUCCUCAAAGAAUACGUCGAAGCAGAAAACCGUGGGAAGGUUCACGGCGAGUGCUGGCCCUACUUCAAGGACUGCCCGAAAUCCUUAUUCCUGCCAUCCAACAACAAAUAUCAGAGAGAUUCGUUGCAUGACGAGGAGAACGAGGAGGAUGAACAUUGGAAUCAAAUCUCCAACGAUCUCGACGAGGAACCUCUCACGAGGAUAUCAGGGCAGAGCACGAAAGACACUAUACACCCCAUGUAAUUUUUAAUUGUAUAUAAUUAUAGUUGUUUUCGAUAUCUCGUUCUUUUUUCCCUGAGAGCAGAUUCUCUACAACGAGUUCUGCUGAAGUGAGAACUCUGAGGGAAAGGGAGCUAACGUGUCCUCAUUAUCGAAAUUAAUCGCAUCUUGUUCAGGCCAUAGUCGUUCAACUCUGAAUCCGUUGCGUGCGAGAGACCGUUUAAUUAAGGCAAUUAAAUUAAAAAUUGUAAUUAAUGCACUAAGGAAUAUUCUGUAAAUACGAGAACGAAUUCGUAGAUCCUUCGUAAGAAAAGGCCGCUAAAUAACAGAGGGGACUGAUACAUACAAAGAGAUUACCAUUAUCGUGACCAUAUAUGACAACGUGACAGACCGAGUUCUCACGUGCAAUGUUACAUAUAUGUACUGUCCGAAUAUGAGAAACUAUCAAAGGUUUCGGCUAGUCGUCGGCAUUGUAAAACAGUACGUGAUGCUAACGACCGUUGUUAUGUUUCGUUGCUUUGUACAGUGUGAAAGUAUUUUGAUUUAGCCAUAUAUAGCUGCGUGUACGAUGAUUGUGUAGUGUUGUGAGGAGAGGCAUGGAUGAACAAUUUAGUGUGCAAUUAUUCAUGCGUUUGUGUGAUUAUAUAGGGAUAAAAGUUGAAUCAUAUUUCCUUUCUUAUUUGUUAAAUCAACUUAUGUUAAUAAUUAUACAUAUAUGUAUUUUGUUGUACAUAUACAUAGUUAAAUUUUUGUUAAAGAGCUAUUGCUAGGAAUAAUUCUAAUUUAAUUUUUUUCACAUAUAUUUCUAAGUCUUGUAAAGAAAAUUGAUCUUGUGCAAUUAUUCAAGUAACGUCUGCCACUGUAGAGUUAAAAUUCAUUCCUACAGGCCUGAGUAGGCCUGUAAUAAAAUUCUCGUAGUUUUCUUUUACUCUUAUUAGAGUGGCAAAUCACUCGAAUAAUUAAAAACAUUUUAAACCUAUUCUACAUAGCUGUAAGAUAAAACUGUAAAACUGUAAUGCCCUUUGAAGCUAAAAAUUGACAGAAAUGGGCAUACAUAACUUUAUGUUACAACUAUUAGAGAAUAGGCUUUAUUAUAAAAUGUUAAGUCUUAAUCUUGUUUGAAAUUUUAAGCUUCUGAGUUUUCUUUGUGAAAGUCCUAAUAUUGGCAUCAGGUGAAUAGAUCCCUUUGUCCUGGGCAAUGAGGCGCGCUUGUUGCAUGUAUGUACACAAAUAUUCUUCAAGAAUUCUGGAAUGCAAUAUCAUGCUGCCAUAAUACAAAUAUAGCGAUGUUCAUGUAUAUCUCAGUAUCACUCGGUACUAAUUCAUUGCAAAGUGUAUAAAUUAAAUAUUUAAGAAAAUAUUGUCGCGUGGACAA